GAAUUGCCCACAUGAGUUCACCCCUGUGGCCAUUAAUUAAACACGUGCAAAAUUCAAACCACCCAACCUUCCCUUGGGGAACCACAAAUUUACAUGCUUUAGUCUAUUCAAAACAGGUGAAGAUGUUUGACGAGAAAGUGUGGUUUCAAACACAGUACAGCUGUUUACCGAAUCCUGAAUUGUAGAACAAGCUAGAGUUGUAGCAAUGGCACGGGGCCGCACAGGGUGUUGCUUGCACAGCUCUCUCAGGACAGUCAACUUCAUAGUGAAUGUCUUUGGGGUUGGAAUGAUAGUAUACUCACUCUGGCUCCUCAAGAAGUGGAAGGAAGGGAUUGCUGAGCUGCCUUCUAUGUUUUCUCUUCCACACCCAUGGUUCAUCUACACAUGUUUAGGUGUGGGAAUUGUUGUGUGCCUGAGCACACUCUCUGGCCACAUGGUUGCCAACUGUAUCAGUAAUUCUAUCCUAUGCAUCUAUAUUGUUUCCAUAUACUCCCUUCUUUUCAUCCAAAUCGGAGUGAUUGUCACAAUUUUCUUCAAGAUAGACUGGGAAUCACAACUUACCAAGUACAUUGAUGAGCACCACGAAAAAUUUCAGAGAUUCAUUAUCUUCCACCUGAAAAUGUGUCGCUUGAUUGUGCUAUUGGUCGUGGUGGCACAGGUCAAUGUUGGUGUGCCUGCAAAUAUUCUUUGGGCUGUAGGCACUGAGCCAAGGCCUCGUUCAGACCUUCCAAAUCCACCUGCUCUUGAUCAAUCUUUUUUGGUGAUACCCAACUCACCUCUACCAGUUGACCUGAGCCAAAACAAUAGAAAGUUUGAUGUUUCACCAGGAGGGAAUACACCCAGAAGCUUCCUCUCACAAAUUCAUCAAUUUCUCAGAAUGCAGAUUCAAAGAAGAAUUGUUUGUACUUAAAUUCUUGUUGAUAAAUAUGGAAGUCUCUUUUUU